AGGCUGCAAUUGUCCACAUCAUUUGUUAACGAUCUGCUUAAAUGAUCUAGGCCAACGCUUCCUUCAGUUCAGAGAAUCUUUAAACGUUCGUAAAAAUUCCGAACGCAAUUGCGUUUAAACUUUCGGUCGUUCGCAUAAUUACACGAUUCAGUACAAAAACAGAUCUGGCGAAUUUUGCGAAUUUUGUUCUUCAUUCAAUUCAUCUGCAGAUAUAUGCAAAACAUGCAAUUUAUGAUGUUCUUUACGGAUAUUGAUUCUAUCAUUAGGAUGCUCUAGAAGUUACAAACACAGCAGUGGACUGCACAGAGUAGACUGGACCCUUAUCUGUCUUGCCUAAAAACAAAACAGUUUCAAACACAAACUGGGGAAAGGUCCAAAUAAUAUUUUGGACCAAGCCCGGGACCCUAAAAUACUGACAAAAUUGGGUGCACAAUGGGGACAAACCACUCUCAAAGUAAAGCAUCUUUUGAUGCAAAUGGAGAGGUAAACUUCGACCACUUUCAAAUACUCAGAGCCAUUGGGAAGGGCAGUUUUGGAAAGGUUUGCAUUGUACAGAAAAGAGACACAAAGAAAAUGUUUGCAAUGAAAUAUAUGAACAAGGCUAUGUGCAUUAAAAAAGAUGCAAUACGGAAUGUGAUAAGAGAACAGGAGAUCUUAAUGAAACUGGAACAUCCAUUUCUUGUAAAUCUAUGGUUUACCUUCCAAGAUUCUGAGGAUAUGUUCAUGGUAGUUGAUCUGCUCUUAGGUGGGGAUUUGCGCUAUCAUAUACAACAGGAUGUAAGGUUUGAGGAAGACCAUGUUACAUUGUAUAUAUGCGAGGUGGCACUGGCAUUGGACUACCUUCAGAAAAACCACAUUUUACACAGGGAUAUCAAGCCAGACAAUAUCCUACUGGAUGAGGAAGGGCAUGUACAUAUAACAGAUUUCAACAUUGCCACAGUUCUACAUGAUAACCAAUUGGCAACAUCCCUGUCUGGAACAAAACCUUAUAUGGCACCAGAGGUGUAUGGUUGCUCACUGGAGGAGUGUCCAGGCUACAGUUUCCCUGUGGACUGGUGGUCACUUGGUGUCUUAGCAUAUGAAACUCUCAGAGGAAAGCGCCCUUAUGAUAUACAUUCCACAACCAGCCUACAAGAGGUCAAGCAGCUGUUCACCACUGUGACUAUAACAUACCCCAACACUUGGACUGACAAUAUGAAAGAUUUGAUUAAAAAGUUAUUAACGAUAGAGCCUGCCAACAGGUUAACUAGUUUAGAAUCAUUAGAAAGUCAUCCUCUCAUGACGUCCCUGAUGUUUUCUGAUGUAAUCAAAAGAAGAAUGAAGCCUCGCUUCGUGCCUGCAAAGGACCAUCUGAACUGUGAUCCAACAUUUGAACUGGAAGAAAUGAUCAUAGAAGCAAAACCAUUACACAAGAAGAAGAAACGCUUAGCCAAACAAAACUCAAAGAAGGAUCCCUCACAAGAUGAUAUGGAUCCUAUGCAACUGUGCCUGGAAAAUAUAGAUAAAGAGUUUACCUCCUAUAACAGGGAAAGAGAUAUUCAGGAGCAGAAUCUAAAGAAGCUAGAAAAUGAACUGAAGUUACAAAAUGGCUGAUAAUCUGAUUGGUCGAGAGGAUGCAGAACUAACUCAGAAAGAUUCAACUGGAAAAACUGAAUUCUAGUCAUUUUCAAAUACAUACAGCAAAACCAGUGUACAUGAACACAUUUACAUAUUCAUCGAUAUAUUGUUCCACUUGUGAGGUGUUCCACAUACAGAGGUUAAUUUUAUAUAAGUUCAUGGACAAGAGUCUUUGAAGUGUUCCACUAAUGAAGGUGUGUUUGACUUUAGAAGUGCUCCACAUUACAUGUUUUAAUGUAAAGUUCAUAUAUCGGUAUUUAAUAUAUUUAUAAUACAAACAGCCUAUCUAUUUGAGCAGUGCAAUAUAUUCUUUACUACAAACCAGUCUUGGAAUAUUGUAUUUAAAUAAUUGAAUACAGACAACCCAAGUGCAAAUAUGAAGAUUCAACCAAACAGUAUGUUGUACAUGUCUUGAUAUUUUAGCAGAAUGUUUUUUGCUAUAUGCCAUAUUAUUAAUACUUAAGUACUUUGAAUGUCUAAAUUAUGUGUGCCAAAAUUAUGUAUGCUAUGUAAAUAUUUUGAGGUGAAUACCUUUGCAUCCUUCAUGAGAAUCUACAAACCUCGAAAGGUGUGUGGAAUAUAUGAAUUUGUGAUGGUGUAGCGAAAAUAGAAUGAAGUAUUUGUUUUAUUAUUCUU